CCGUAGUGAUUGAUGUUUGAUUUUGAUAGUAGGAUAAAUUAUCAGAAAACCAUCUCAUGUUUUGUUAUACUUACUUGAUAAGAAUUUCGUGCGAAUAAUUCGAGUUCGGUUUGCUUAUUGUGUUGUUGACCAGCAAGUUACGUAAUGUAUUUUUUGCAUCGGUAAUGUGUUGGUUUCAUUAUCUAAUGAAUUACCUAUCCGAAUUGUGUGAUUUUAAUGAAUAAUUGAAAGUUCAUCGUUGGGUUUUUGAAAAUUGUAUUAGAUUGAAUCGAACUGGAAAUGGAAUCCAACCAUUCGCAAGAAUCCCUUCCAGAUUUCCACUUCACUCCACGGACUCUGCAGGAUAUAGCAGCAUCAAAAUACGCGUUCAUUAGUUGGUGUAAUUCCAGCGAUCUUUCGCACAUUCCACCACGUAUCCGGUCGAUGAUCAAUGAUAAAAUCCAAUCGAUUAGUAAAGAGAUCAGAAAUUGGAAUAAUUCUAAACUUUUCAUCGGCGAUAUACCUCGUGAAGUUAUGAUCAACUGUGCAGCUUUCAAUUCAUCUGGUGGUAUUUGCUCUAGAAGAACUGUCAGAAAUUUGUUCAAGUCGGAUUUGCUAGGAUUCGAUUCGGAGAAACAGUUCGAGAUCGCUUGUUCGUAUUGCAUCGAGGACGAUAUUGAACGUUUGUGGCCGUCGGUCAAAGAUGAUGAGCGAUUCCUUAAAUGCCAAAUUGGCGUCCCUCAUCGUUUUCAUGGCGUCGACGUAAUGGACUAUUGGUGUUGUCGUAUGAGGGGCGAAUUGAAGGAAGUCUACGGACCGAAAGCAAAAUCGCCAGAAUGGUACGUGCUGUCCGGGCUGCUUUCUGAGUUUCAUGUGAAAAACUGGACAGAAAUCGAGUACUUUUGGACUAAGUUGAACACACAAGAGAAAAGUUCCCUCAUAGACAAAAUUUGGAUCAAGCAAGAUCCUACAAAACACACAUCUCGUAUGAUAGUAAACUCGAAUGAUACGGUGCUGAACAACCUUGUGAGAUCGAAAUGUUUCCUAUUAAUUGGACAUUUUGUCAUAGAUGACGUCUAUUGCCAAUAUGCUUUACAGCUUUGGAACUACGGAAAGAGUUCAAUCGUUGAGGGUGCCACCUUCUACAAUAUUUUGUUUUGUUUAUCGAAUGUGGCAUUUAAAAGCGAAUAUAAGUAUGUGAACACCAUACUGAAAGAAAUAUGGCUUUCUGCUCCGGGUCAUUUGAGAAAUUACGUUACUUGGGAUGAGGACGAUCGCGUUGCAAGCUUGUUCAACCAAUGUUUACAAGAAGCAGGUAGUCGGUCUGUUGGUGGCGAUUUUGAUUUUUUGAUCGAACUACUAAAAGGUGCCAGCUUUCGAAUCAGGCAACAAGUGUGGUUCAAUUGGUGGCUAAAAUUCACUCUUCUCGCCAAAGUCUCAGAUCUACAAGAAUUGAUGACGUUGUGUUUUGACAAUGUAAACGAUAUUGUCAAGUUUAAAAAAACCAAUAUGUUGGAUUACCAAAUAAUGCGACAUAAUUUCGAGAAUUUCGUGCAUUCGGAAUUAUCCGAGGAACUAUCCGAGUACCUGAUGUUUUGUUGUUCGGAUGCUGACGAUGAAAAACGAGCUCGUGUUGUUAGGAUGAGAAUAAUUUUUCAAAACAUUGACUGGAUCAUUGGACACAAGUCUGAUUUCCAUUUGAGUAAAAUUUUUCAAUUUUUCGAUGGUUGUUUUACGAUGGAAGAAGCAGCCGUAUUGCUAGAAUGCCCCCUUCCAGAUAAAGAAACCGGUCUGUUGACAUUGUGGAUUUCAUUCAGCUGUUUUGAAUCAUUUGGCAGAAUACUGCGUUGUUUGAAGUUUUCUGAUCAACGAUUGAUGGAAUUGAAGCGAUUUUUCAAGCAAAGAUGUCGGCAUGUUUUUACGUUAGGUAAUUUUAAUUCAUUACCCGUGGACGAUUGGGAUAAUUUUCUGAAAUGGUGCGAAUUCAGUCCAGAAGAAUUCUCUGAAUUGAGAUGUAACAUUCAGAUAGAUAAUCUGUGGAAAAAUUUUCUGAUCAAGGUGUUCGUGUACAAGUUGUCGGUGGUUUGGAAGAACUGUCGGGACUCUUUUGUCGCUUUAUGUUUCGAAAAGAUUGCUUUUAAAUCGAUGGAUGGGUUUUUACGGUGGUAUUUCGGCAGUGAACAAGCUGCGAGGGAGUUCAAAUGGCGUAAAAUGAAUGAUCACGAGAAUAUGGGAACAGUGAGGCGAUUAAAUUGUUUUUGAGAGCAGAUAAAAUGGUAAUUUUUAGAAAACAAAAAAUUGGACCAAUUUUUGUAAUUUUUCUGCGCAUGACGUAUUUUUUGUUUUGUUUUUUUUCAAUUUCAAAAAAAUUAUGCAACAUAUUUAGAGUAAUUUUAUUAUUUUAAAUUUUACGCAAUUUGAGUGGAUCUGUUUUAUGGUUAUAUUAUUUUUAUUUUGUUGAGAAUUUCAACACAGAUACAGAAUUUUUAUGUUUGUAUAAAUAUUGCUGAAGAAGCAGAAUUUUUGGAUUUUUUGAAAAUAAAUUUCAUUGU